GUAUACUCAACUUCACGUACUUGCCUCAUAGACUUAACUCACUAAUAGAUCACGGUAGGAUGUUGCCGUUUAAUAUAUUAAUACUCAUAUUGGGAUCUUUGAUCUCGUUCUGUCAAGCAGGCCCUACACGAGACUACGACACCCACAACUACUUCCUCGUGGAACUAAACACCACGUCCAGUCAGAAACCGUUACUUGAUUUCAUCGACAAAUACAAACUGCACUACACCUUUGACCACCAGUUACCGUUGGACAACUACUACGUGUUCAAAAUCAACAAGUCUCACCCCCACAACUCGUUUCUUGGAAACUUGAACUCUCACCAUAGCGACUUGAUGAAGCGUCAGCAGGGAUACGAAGAAGUAUACGACGAUUUAGUAAACACAGUCCAGUCGGUACACUUACUUCCUCCUAAAAGACUCGCCAAAAGAAUGCCGGUGCCUAUAGACAACGAGGAAAUGAAGAUAGUCAAUAAAGCCAGGGAUGACCCUAUCCCGGAAACAGCGAGCCAGAAACUCGCAGAACUCGCGCAAAAGCUAGACAUCAAGGACCCUAUCUUUGCCGAACAGUGGCACUUGUUCAACACCAUCUAUCCCGGCCACGAUGUCAAUGUAGCUGAUUUAUGGCUCGAAGGGAAGUUCGGCGAGGGGAUCGUCACGGCGAUCAUUGACGAUGGGCUUGAUGCUACCAGUGACGAUUUGCGGGAUAACUUCAACGCCAAGGGAUCCUGGGACUAUAAUAACAAUGGACCAUUACCUUUGCCCCGUCUUUUUGAUGAUUACCAUGGUACGAGAUGUGCAGGUGAGAUUGCUGCAGUGAAGAACGACGUUUGUGGUGUUGGUGUGGCGUACAAGUCGCAAGUCAGUGGGAUCCGUAUCUUGUCUGGAUCCAUCACUAGUGCCGAUGAAGCAGCAGCUAUGAUUUAUGGAUUGGACACGAACGACAUUUACUCGUGUUCGUGGGGACCAACCGAUAACGGACGGACCUUAGCUGAGCCAGAUCUCAUUGUCAAAGAAGCCAUGGUCAAAGGUAUUCUCGAAGGCAGAAAGAAUCGAGGGGCAUUAUAUGUGUUUGCCCUGGGUAACGGAGCAAGAUACGGCGAUUCAUGUAAUUUCGACGGAUACACCAACUCCAUCUACUCCAUCACUGUUGGUGCCAUUGACUAUCUGGGUGCCCACCCAUCUUAUGCUGAAGCAUGUUCGGCCGUGAUGGUGGUCACGUACUCCUCAGGGUCUGGUGAACAUAUUCAUACCACUGAUAUCAAGAAGAAAUGUUCCAGCACCCAUGGAGGAACCUCGGCUGCAGCACCAUUAGCCAGUGGGAUCUACUCCCUUGUUCUCUCUGCCAAUCCAGAACUCACCUGGCGUGACGUUCAGUAUGUCAGUGUAUUAAGUGCUGUCCCUGUCAAUGAAGACGAUGGAAGCUAUCAAGUGACGGCAUUGGGAAGAAAAUACUCACAUAAAUAUGGAUAUGGGAAGAUUGAUGCUACAAAGAUGGUUCAUUUUGCUGAGGAGUGGAAAAACGUGAAGCCACAAGCGUGGUACUAUACCGAUGUGAUCCCCGUCAAGGAAACCAUCAAGUCUGGUGAAAACAAGGUCAUCAAAUCCAGCAUCACCAUCACGGAAGACGACCUCAAAUUGAUGAAUGUGGCCCGGGUGGAACAUAUCACCGUCAAGGUCAAUAUUGACUCCACAUUCCGAGGACAUGUCGGUAUGAAAAUCAUUUCUCCCUACGGAGUAACCAGUGACUUGGCUACAUAUAGAAACAAUGAUGCCGCAGCUUCGGGAUUCAGGGAUUGGACAUUUAUGUCGGUGGCCCAUUGGGGUGAAACAGGGGUAGGUAAAUGGCAAGUGGAAGUUUAUGGAACCGAGGCCACUAUUACGUUUAAUGAUUGGCAAUUGCGUAUAUUUGGGGAGAGUAUUGAUGCUGAUAAGGCUGAUAGGUAUGAUUUGAAAACAGAUUAUGCUGCUGUUAGAAGAGCUUUACAGAAUAAUCAGCCGGAACCAACUACCACUGAAGAAUCCACAUCUUCGGAAUCAUCCGAAUCUACAGAACUUUCUUCUUCCUCGACUACCUCUGAAUUAUCGUCUGCUACUUCAUCUUCGAGUUCAUCCAUUGAAACAACUACUACUACUCCAGCCAAACAAGAAACUGAAUCACAACCGGCCACCACUGAAUCCGCAACACCUACUGCCUCAGAAGAACCGGAACCAACCGAUGAUGAAGGCAAGACUCGAGUGGGAACCGAUCACACCGGUCAGUACUUGAUGGCUCUCGCCAUAGUUGGAUUCAUCAUGGUUGUUCUCUUUAUGAGAUUCCACAAAUCGCCAGGGUCCUCCCGCAGAAGACCGCGUCCUCGGGAAGAUCUCGAAUUUGACAUCAUACCCGGUGAGGACUAUUCCGAUAGUGAAGCCGAUGAUUCGUUAGAGUUAGGUGGAUACAGACGUGACUUUGACGAUGAAGACGAUGAACUUGAUGGCGACCAGGGUGCACGCGAUGCUCUUUUCGAUCAGUUUAAUGCCGAGACGGUGCCUGAUUAUGAUGAUGCCAUGUUUAGAAUUGGCGAAGAAGAGGAGGAACCAGAUAGGAAGAAUGACGAUGAGAGCAGGGACGACAAUGAGGAUACCCGAUUGAUGGGCUCUAAAUAGACUUGUACAGUGAAUAAACUAGUUCUAGCAUGUAAAA